UGACGCCGCUGCCGCCGCGAUCGGAGCGCGUCGAGCGCGAGUGUCUGCCCGGGCGAGCCGGGUGUCGGGUGUGCUCCGUGUGCGUCGUUUUCUCGCGUGCGUUCCGCGUACGUGCCUGGACGCUCGUACGCCUCCCCGACGUCGCGCAACGUGCGGUGCGGGAAGGGAAGAACAUUUAGCGCGGCGCGGUGCGGUGCGGUGCGUUCACGUUUACGUUCGCGUCCACGGCGGAGAUAAAGUUCGCGACGCGCGAAAGAACGGUCGGCCGUUAGAACGGAGUGCGCGGGUCCCGACGAGGGAUCGACCGGAUACGACGCGCCGCGACGACGGCGACGGCGACGGCGUCGACGACGACGAGGGCGACGACGAUGACCGAUCGACGGGGCGAGUGAACGACUCGCCAAGUCGCGAAGGCAGGCCGCUCCGCGAUACUCGUCUCACACGCCCAGCGGGACUGCUGCGUCACAUGGGCCGCGUUCAUUCGUCGAUACAGCCGGGUGACGUCACGAGCCGCGCGACGAUUGGCCCGCGCCACGGUGCCCGGACACGUGAAUCGUGGCCGAGCAAGCAUGGCAGUUUGAUGCGCAGUGGUUUUCAGCACUUGUAAAAUGCCACCGCCACGCGCCAGAUCGAUCAGGUUAUAACCCGCGUUUCGCCGCGCGCUCCGAAACGGUCGGUCCCGUGUCCCGUCGCGCGGUCGUCGCGCGCGCUCGCGAGAACGCGGGCAUUUCUCUCGCCGCGAGCCGCGACUCGCCGUCGCGUCGGCCGCUCUUGCGGUUUACGGAAUCCUGACCCGAUCCGAUCCGAUUUCGGGGAGACCACGCGCGCUCACAGAAUCGCCGCCGAUCCGGCCGAUCGUUUUCGACAGGAGAGUGAGUUAGAGCGGGGACUAGAGAACGACCGACACGAUUCUCCGUCCACGUCCGCCGCUCUCUAGUGUCCUACCUGGCCCUGGCCGGGGACCUCUACGUGCACGGGACGUGCGGCUCAACACGCAACGUGUUUCAAUCUCUUGUCGUCGUACGCGGCGGGCAGCAGCGGCAGCAGCGAAGGAGGAGGGGUGAGGAGGGCAGCGGACCGGGAGUCGGGCUCGCGACUUGCUCCUGCCGAUUCAUCGCCGGCGUCCGGGAACCGACGGCGGCUGCGGCUGCGGCGUCGGUGUUUGCGGCUGCCGCGACGCCGGCGGUUCGAUGCGGCGGAGUCAGAACGAUCACGAUCAUCUGGCGGGUGUUCGCGAAUCCAGAGACUCGACGGAGCAACAGCAGGAGCAGCAUCACCGCCGCCAUCACCAGCGCGCUCCCCACCCCUCCACGCCCGUUGGGAUAGAGCAGCAAACCGGCCGCAGGAUGAGCCUGGAAACGUUACUGCAAGCGGCCUACUAUGUCGAACAGGAAGAGAAGAAGCGGGAGCGCCUGGCGAGCACCUCGUCCUCCUCCUCCUCCUGCGAUCAGCACUCGUUCGCGCCUGCGCCGACUCACUCCAAUCACGCUUAUGUCUCCGGCGAGCCACGUGGUGCCAAAUGUAAGAGAGAACGCACAGAGUCAGACGAUCUCUUUUGUGAAGAGAAGAUGCUGAUUAUCGAUGAGGAAGAACCGUUGGAGAACAGCAGAAUGAGUUUUACGAUAGCUUCCCGAGGUACCUCCGUGGUCUCCAGCACGCGAGCCACGCCAUCGUCAACCGGAUCAAAUUCUGUUCAACUGACUGCGCUCCAUUCCGUGUCUCAUCAUCCUCAUCCUCACCAUCAUCAUUCACAACAGCCGCAGCAGCAACAACAGCAACAACAGCAACAACAGCAACAGCAGCAACAUCACCAGCAACAACAGCAACAUCACCAUCAUAGUGAUCAUCAUAGCAUACAUAAUAAUUAUAUGGAGAAUCACAAUCCGAAUCAGUCCCAGCAAAGUACGGGUAAUCUCGUUGUCGACGUUGAAACGAACCACGACAAUAAGAAACACCGAUCCGGAACAUGCGUGAUUCGGGCCGGCACCAGGGAAGUACACAACAAGUUGGAGAAAAAUCGAAGGGCGCAUCUGAAGGAGUGUUUUGAACUUCUAAAGAAGCAACUACCGGCGCAAGACGAAAAGAAGUCUUCAAACCUCUCUAUUCUCCAUGCAGCGAACAAGUACAUACAGGCAUUGCGAAAGAAAGAACGAGAUUACGAACAUGAGAUGGAGAGGCUCGCCAGAGAGAAGAUCGCGGCUCAACAGAGAUUGGUGGCAUUGAAGAAAGAACUCAAUGCAAAUUGGGAUCCUAUAGACAUUAAUUCUCUUUUGCUGGAACAGAAUCCCGGGACGGAUGCGGUGACCGUAAAAAACGAAAGUACGGAGGUUGAUGUUACUGGACUACCACGGGGUGGCACGAGGUACAGCAGCACGAGCAGUCUAAACAGCGUAACGACGGCCAGUUCCCCGCAAGCAUUGCAGUCCAUUAGCACGACUUCCAAUAUUCAUAAUCAGACUACGACCGCGGGUAUCGUUUGCCAAACGCAGGAUCUUGCGCGAGGUUCCAGGGAGAGCCCACCCGCGAGUUCGACUGCUGGAACGGUAUCCGCACCCAGCAUUUCUACUCCAACGCAGGAGAAGGUCACUACGUCGCCUACCGCCAAUAUAGUGCAACAGCCGCAUCAGCUACACCUACCGAUCAGCGCCCAGAUGUUGAACACGAGUCAGGGUCUCGCUACCAUCGUGCCAGCUUUGCAGCACAUCGGACCGGGACUAAGGGUAAUACCGGGGGAUACGCGGCAGCUUUUGGUCACCCACACCACCGGCAACAACGAAUCAAGACCCUUGACGUUGGCGGUGCAGAACUCCUCGGAUCAGUCCAGACCGCCGCUAAUCGCCGUGCAGUCGAACACUGGAAGCGAACCGAGGCCUGUACUCGUCGUUCACUCAUCCACCGCAAACGACAACCGAGUGACAUUCGUGCACUCCAAUCUGUCCAACAACGACAGGCCGCUCGCAUUGGCCGUGCAGUCAUCUGCGAGCGAUGUUAGACCCGUUACCUUCGUGCACUCGGGGAAUGAGGGUCGAUCAUUGGUUCUCGCCACGCAUUCGCCCGCGCUAAACGUGUCGAACGCCCAGACAAGAAUAAGAACGGGAGAUACGCAGAACACGCAUAAGAUGGUCGGUGGUGUAACGCUCGUCGGCGGUAACGGCUCGGAAUUGGCAAGACUUCCCGGUGGUGCGGAAUUAAACAUACUUCCAGCAAAUGGAUUAACUUUAAGUCACGGAGUGUCACUUCAAGCCGCCGCAGGUAAACCAGCCUCGACAAUGAUGCAGAACUCUCCGUCCACAGAGAGUAUAGCCCACAUCGUUAGUCAGCACGCUCCUCUCUCCGGCCUGACUCCGAUCGUCACGCCAAUGACCGUUGUCUCCCAAGGUAGCCAGGUGACCGCUCACAUCUUGGCACCGUCAAGCCUUGCGGGAAAGAUGAUCACUACGCCGAUUCUCAAGUCCGUGGGACAAAUGCCGCUCGUAAACACUCAGUAUCUUAACACCACGACUUUAGUGAAACCGGUUGUCGUGGUGAGCUCACCGUCAACGUCGACGGCGGCCUCAACGACGGCGGCAACAGUUUCCAGCACGCAACCCUCUUCGACCUCAAAUUCGACCGUCUGACAGACUCAAGGAAAGGCGAAAUUAAUCUGAUCGCGCUGGAAUAUCAAAAUACGAUUUGCCGGUGUUUUUCGAGUAAAUCUCUACGUUGUCUGAAGUAAAUCUAUCUUUUGUCAUCUGUUGGAAUCGCUUAGAUGUGUUAGCGAUGAAUUAACGAGAAUAAGCGAUUUAAAUCUGGAAUUGUUUUACGACAGAUAAUGAAUACCGUGAAGGAAUGUUAUGGGAGAAGAAUGUUCAUCUAUUGUGCUACUUCUAAUAUCAAAAUGGUCUUGCAUUCUGAGAUGUCACUUGUGUCCCAUGAGGACUGACAUUCGAAAUACGAGCUCUUCCGAGGAGUAAAUCGACUGAGAAAGUGUGAGAAAAAGUCCUUGCUCAACACAUGCGAUAUAUAUAUUAUACACGGUACCUUGAUUUGAUUAAGGAGGAUAGUUUAUUGCAAGUAAAUUAAAUGUAAAGUUUAAACAAUUAAUUUAUGACAAUAGCCCGAGUGUCCAAGAAUGAACAAGCUUUCACGUUAACGAACGUGGUGACGAAUUGACGCUUUUAAAACUUUUAAGGCUUCCGGUCUCGUACGCUAUUUGGAUCAUUGUUUCGUUAUAUUCUCGAGUCGGGAAUUUCUUCAUUAUGCUUACUUUGACAGAUAACCCUUUUUUUAAGUGUUUUAUGUUACUUUGUGAAUCCAAAGUAUUUUUUCCUAUGAAACAAAACAAGAGAAGGCUUUGACUUGCAAUGGAACAAAUUUUAUUUUUUGCAUAACUUUUAAAUUGCUUGACUGUAUUUUGUAAGACUUAAAUUGACAAGUUUCAUCAUAUCUUACUGCAACUUGAAGAAGUAUCACAGGAAAUGAUAAUGACGGUACACUUAGAAUGAUAUUAAAUUAAAAGUAAAGGCUCAUGUCUAAUGAAAUAACACGGAAUGGUUUGGAUUUAAUUAUUUAGUGAGUGAAGGUUGAAAAAUCGAACAUUACGAUGAGUUUUGUGUCUUAAAAUUGAUUAAACGGCUGUGGAGAACGGAUAUUGAACUCUAUGUAGAGAUCCGUCUGUUUAAUUUUGACAAUUCAAUCGCAAGAUGCAUUAAAUCUUGUUAAAUCGAUGAUAAAGGCAGAAGUUAUUUAGAAACGGUGGCAACAGAUUAUAUAGGUUUGUAGUAAUACAUAUUAAGUAUUUAUUCCUCUGUAUUUAUUAUAUGUUUACAUGCGUAUUACGAAUCGCUAUCGCGCUUUUCACGAAUGCAUAAUUGCAACGCGCUACGAACAUAUUGAUUUCUUCAUGCUCAGAUUUCGUCACAUGGAAAGGAUUUAGAAAUGUAUAUUCUAAGUCGCCGUCAUCAUUGUGAUCUGUCUCGUGAAUACGUGUGCAUCUUAACGUUCCAUGCUUUUGUACAAACAUUUCAUUUCUGUAACGCGAUCUUUGCAUAAUAACCGAGAACAUCUCGAGUAGAAUAGAAGGGAAUGAUAAUGCUCACAACUGUUUGGAAAGCUAGAACGAUCGCACGCAUUUAUCGAAAUAUCUAUUACACUAUUUUUCAUUAUUUUCCGUAUGCAUGAGAAUCGUCCAAUAAAGAUACAGAUCAAAACUACAUGGGGGAAAAAAAACCGGGGGAAAGAUACAAUAAGAUCUACAAACGUUUAUUGUCGUUUGUGAAAUGUUGGGUUAAAUAUCUUAAUGUUAAUGAUGACUAUAUGGAAAAAUAAAUAACACAAAGUGUUUAUUUUAAAAAUAAAUAAAUUUGAACGUAGUUCUUAUUAUAUUUUUUUUCUGAUCUUUGGAAAUAAAAAUUCGAUGUAAUCGAGGGUGAUGCGUGGUUCCGUGUGAGAGAAGCUGACUUGGAUUCGAUUCAGAUCCCUUCGUCUUACAUAUGCCACAGUUUUAUAUGAAAUUUAUUGGAAGGUGGAAAGUUGUAGGUGAAGAAGUUGCGAGGUGAAUGACAAGCCGUUUAUGGAGUGGGAAAUCUCAAUUUCAAUUUUAAUGUAAUUUUGAUCUGUUCCUUAUCUAUCGAACGAUAUUUCGUACGUUUAUUCGCUUUUGUAAGAUCGUAUUGUACGUCUCUGUUUGGUAUUCUAGCGACGAGAUCGUCAACAGUGACUGGAACAAUGAACUCAUUGGAAGUGCACAUUUAUCACUAUGAAACCAUGUAACAAUUGAUAUUCUCAUUGUGUGACGUUCACGCAACGAGAUACUUUUCCGAUAUGAUUCAACGUAUGAUUGUAGCAACGUUUCCUUGCCUCCUCGCACGCGCGAUUGUUGACGAUCUCUCUCUCCCUCGAAUGCCAGUUCUCAGUUUGUGCAUAUUACUAGUACCUAUCUCCUAUCCGCGUGCAAACUUGUUUUGUAUCCUUUAAAUUAUUUAAUCGCGAAUGGUAUGAUUAACGAUUCAAGUUAAGAUGUAAAUGCGUGCCUUUUAACGGGCUACAAGGUCACACAAACGUAUCUCGAUUGAAUCAACAUUGUUCAACAUUCAAGGCAGUCAGAUAUUUCGCUGACUCGACAGAAACUCUAUAUAAGAAAAGUUCUUCAUGCUGUAGAUUAUAGAAUUUGUUUACGUUAAUCAAUCUGUAGACUUCUUUCUUUUUUUCAAAUCUUAGGUCGUUAUAUUCCAAGUACACGAAUCUCCCGAAUUGUUAUUUAAUCUGCUGGCGCCUCAAUAGAAAGAGGAGAGAAAUUAAUCAAUUACAUUAAUGUGCUUGAUAAAUUUAAUUGUCCAUUGUCGUAUCAUGCGCUUCUUAGUGUUCGGGACACAACGGGAAAAUUCAAUUUGCAAUAAGGUGAAAGACCGAGCAAAAACCCGGUUCGAGGUACUAGUCAAGAAAAGAAAAAAAAAGAAAACGGUUUUGUUGAAUUAUUUUCGACGCGGACGCUUUCAUUUGACGAGACCUCAAGUCGUGCAAUGGAUGCAAAUGAUUGUACUGCAUACUCUGUGACACAUGUACACACACUCACCACACACAUAUACACACAAAACAUGCAGGAACACAACUGUAACUGUGCGGGACUGAAACGGAAAAAGGUGAAAAGAAAGAAAAGAAAUGUGAUCGAGCGGGAAAUGUUGCGGAAGUGACAUUUCGCAAUCAGCUGUUUAGCCGCGACUGAAACUUCUGUCGGUUAACUAUUUUAAGCGAUGUAAUAGCCUCAUGUAAAUAAUAAUUGCGUUAGCGAGGAUAACCAAACGGGUCGAGAGACGGAAGGAAACUAAAGAUAGUAUAGCACUGAGCACUCAAGCUAAAUGAAUAAUGUGAACAAUGUGAUAUAAAUGAUAAAUAAAAGAUUAAUUAGCACGGUAGCGUUAA